AGGCUGAGCCGAGCCAGUCACAAACAUUCAAGCAGUGAGAGCUCCAAAGGAGGCGCGCAGCAAGUCUCUGUGAGAAAGCCAUCUCGGUUCCAACCCGUUCCCCUGCUGCCUCUUCCGACUCCCCUGGAAAGGACCAAGGCUGGAGUGGAGAAGGGCAGAGCUGAGCCGCCUGCUUUUCCCGUGUCCCGCCACCAAGCGCCACAGCCCUGCGGAGAGCUGCCCUCCAGGACCUCUGCCCCUAGACACGGGCUAAGAGGAGCAAGAGAGUCGAGGAGAAGAAGAAGCAAGGAAUCAAGGCGCUAUGGAGACGGGAUGGUGCCUGGCGGUCCUCCUUCUGGCCUGGAGCGUUGUGACAGCAGGAGCGAGCCCAGUGGAUGACCCAGGCUGCACCCUUCAACCAGUCAGGAAUGACCAACGGGUCAAAAUGCUCUACACAACUAGCAGGGUUACGAGUGGUUGCGUGGGCCGUGGGCCCCGAGACACCAACAUGGAAGUCCAUAUUCUUAACCUGAAGUACAGAGUCUCACAGAUGCCUCUGACCCACUUCAGUGUCAAUAUGUCAGCAGCUAAAGGAGGCCGGAAGGUGGUUUUUGUGGUGAAUUCCAACAAGCACUGCAUUCUGAAUGUAAAUACAAGGGAUCACCGCCUUGCCUUCGUCACGGAUGUGCAUAACCUGACGGUCAUGGGGUUCAAAGAAAUCAACAAAACCGAUUUGCCUUCCUCCAAUGAGGAGCUCCUAAAUUGGGCCAAAGCUUAUUAUGGGGGUGUCAGCACCUUCGUAGAAUUGGAAGAGCCUCGGAAGAUUAGUUUUCAAGUCAACAGAGAGCCCAGCUCCUCCGAGGAAUGUGUACCUGAGAGCUAUUUUGAUGCUGAGCAGUACCUAGAGGCUGAGUUUGACUCUGACAAUACCAAGAGCUGUCUGGAUUCCACUGUACACCCUGGAAGAGAGGCCCACAUCAUGUGGCUCCAGCAGAGGCCUCCAGACUCUGGCACACAGGCUGUGGAUCUGAACAUCAAAGUGACAUGCAGUAAUGGAAAACCGGCUAAGGAGCUGACAACGCUACUAGUGCUUAAAAGCCAUGAGAAGAUGUUUUGGAACAUUGAUCAGAUGCCUGAAUAUGUGAAAUUCAUGGUGUCAGGAAAAUACUCCAUUAAGAAAAUAACCAAGGAGCCAAUUAACGGUACUGUCCUCCCAGACAGCAAAGAAGGCCUAAUCAAAGAAGCCCGUGACAAAGACUUCGCCUUCAUCGCUUCUUACACAGAAAUUCCAGCUGCCAAAAGCAUCACCCUUGAGUUGGUCAGGGACUGUGGUGAAGGAAAGAAAACGGAGGUGACGACAGCACCACACAGGAAGAUUUCAGAGCCAGCCAAGGUGGUUCAAGGGCUGAUACAAAUUUGCCCUCCAUGGAAGUGCACAGAGGACGCCAUUGAGGUAGCGUGGCCCAAGUGGCUCUUGGAGAGGUCACAGAUUGACAUCACUGAGAUGACUUUGGAGGACCCUGCCUGUAGAGCAACUGACAACAUAACGCAUUUUGUCCUAAAAAGCAUCAUAGACGAUUGCUCUACCAACUUAGAAGGGGGCAUUCAUGCCAAAAAUCAGCUGGUCCUGACGCUGGCUUCGCAUCCAGAUAAAAUUAAGGUGCCAUUUCAAUGUGAUCUCCCAGAGAAGCUCUUUCUCCAUCUUUAUCAGACACCCGACUUCAGCUCACCAUCCACCACUGUGGUAGAAGUUAACAAAGUCACCUACGUCCAGGUGUCAUUCCAGGCAGCUGAUGGGAACUCUUCUCUUCGACUCCAGGACUGUUACCUGCAAAUUCCUGACCAAUCAUCCCCACAAAUGCUGAUUCGCAGUGGCAUGCCAAAAAGUUAUUCUGUGGAGAUCUUGAAUUCCCCCAACACAAAGACCAAACGCUUUAGUUUCAUCUACAAGGCUGAAGAACAACAACGUACAACUUUGCCGGCCACACUCUUUUGCCAAGCCGAUCGGGAGAACGAGCAUGAUUCCUAUAAUGCUUCCAUAAAGGUGAUGCUCAAGAAUCCUGCCACUCCAUCUCACGGCCUGGGGAUCGGAACUGUGCUGGGAAUAACUUUUGGUGCCUUUUUAAUCGGAGUCCUGCUCACCGCAGCGCUGUGGUACAUCUACUCUCACACUCGUCCGAUGGCCAAAAUGCAGCCGGUCUCAGCAAACCCCCCCGCCUCGGAGAGCAGCAGCACCAACCACAGCAUCGGCAGCACUCAGAGCACGCCCUGUUCCACCAGCAGCAUGGCAUAGCGACCCCCAAGCUAAGGACUGGGCACAACUGACUCUCGACGCCUCCUUGUGGGCAGUGUCAGAACAGCGGACAAGUUGAACUCCUCUGGGUCAGCCACAGGGAAAAGCUUUUAUGAAAAGAGCUGAAAACAAGCAAAGAGGUUUCAUGGUUCCCCAUCCCCACCCCCACCCAAAGCUCCUAAUACUCAGGGGUGACUCUUUUCAGCUGGCACUUUAAACUAACUCCUUGGACAGCCACCAAGCCAUCCAAGAGAAGCAGAGCAAUCUCACAAGUAAAGACAUCUGGCCCGUACCUCCUGCGGCGUGAGAGUAGCCAGCCUCUGGUUUGCAAGCCUACCCCAGGAGAACCAGUGUCUACCCAGAACCAUACAGUGUGAGGAAGCUGAUCAAUAAACAGAAUGUAGCAUGCCUUUUGUUUUAGAAGCUGGUUGUUUGUUCAAUACCUGUAAUUAAGGGGCUGAGAAAUUUGGGCAAGGAAGCUGUUGGCCCACCAUCAACUUGGGGUCCGGGUGGAGACACUUCUUAAUAGCUUCCAAAAAUAAAAGGGAAGACAGGGAACCAGUUUCUGAACAGGCUUCAGGGAGGCUAACAUUGUUGCUUGAACUACCACCUCUGCCCAUAAUCUCAAAUUGCACACAAGUGCAAAACUGAGAGUCUUACACAUCCACAAGACUCAGUAUAAGAACCUUCCGAGAAAAUGAGGGACAAGUAGAGCCAGUAGAUUCAUCCCACCAUCUUCUGAUGAGGAAGUAGGUGGAGAGAAGAAGUUUGGACCAAGAAGGGAGAGGGGAGGUAGCACUUCCUUUUACCAAAACAAAGGGCAGGGAGUCCGGACCCUUUCUGUUCUGAAAUAUAGAUAUAAUUAUAAAUAGUUAUACAUAGAAUAUGUUUUGUAAUCAUGUAUACAGGGAAAUAAUGCUGUGUCUAAUCACUUAUGGGUAUGUUUUAUGAUAUUGAGAUGUGGGGCAAUUUGUGAAAAUACUUCUGUAACAUUUUGCUGAGCUGAGUGCUUGACCCAAUACAGGUCAGAAAUCAGAAGAAAAGCAGGCCAGUACAUUUAGACUGACAGGCAGAACCUUUAUUGGGCUGUGGUUAGUAGGGAGGACAUCAAACAGGCUUAGCUUCACCAGCACAGGAAGAAGGCUUUGGGUAGGAGGAGCUUUGCACAAAUUGAACUGCAGAGUUAUGAAUGAACAGUUGCCGCAAGGCUGCAGUCAUAAUAGGAACAUUGGAAGCUGCUGUAUACCAGGUCAGACCAGGAACAAUUUAGCUCAGUCUACAAUGACGGGCAGCAGCUCUUCAGGGUUUCAGGCAGGGAUCUCUCCCAGUCCUACCUGGAGAUGCCCGGGGUCGUUCUGCAUGCAAAGCAGGUGCUCUGCCACUCAGUUGUGGGAAUUUAUUGGCCAGUGGAACCUGACCUCAAUAUCCCCCCCCCAAAAAAAUUCACAUUUCUCCAAAUGCAGUCCUCAAGCCCAGUAAUUUGUAGAAAGAGGCAUACAUUAGGGUAGAAAGUGCACUAGAAAGCAUAUUCAGUACUAGGGAAAAUACCGUAACCUACAGAAGUAUAUUCAGUUUUGCAAAAAUGUGUAUAUUUGGAGAAAUUCACACUAAAAUGCUGGUGGGGUUUUCAUGGCCUUUUUUUAAUAUAAAAAAUUGCAAACACGUUGAAAUGUGGAGAACUGAGCUUCAGAGUGGGGUUGUGGGAGGGGGAGCACAGAGAGAAAACAGAAUGGUCAGAUUUGUCCAUCGCAAGUGGUGCCCCUGUUAAAGGCAUGUUCUCUGUCUUAGCAAGCCUCCUGGGCCACAUACACCGAGGACAGCUGCUUAGAGCACAGAAGACAAGCCCAAGAGACAUUGUGAGACCUUCUGCAGGGUGGUCCAAGGAAGCCCCUUCCUCAGCAACCCAGGCAGCAGCAAGGCCAGUUAUUCCACCAAUGAAGGGGUCUAUCUGUGUUUUGGUCUGUAAAUAUUUCUGUGUAGAACAAACCUGUAAGCUCAGUGAUUGUAUAAAUAUAUAUUACAUGUUGAA